AAAAAUCCCUAAAUCUCUCUUCCCUUUCUCACGGCAAACCUAAUCCCUAAUUCUCAGUCAAUCGCCGACCACCGCUCCUCCUCUAAGCACCGACCAGGCGACUAAUGUUUAAUUCCUUCGCUCUACCCUCACCAGCCUUUGCUUCUCCGCUACACGCUAACUGGCCUCCGCUCCAUCAUCACCGACCAUGAAGAAUCAAUCGGAGUUGCGCUUCCCCUUCUACCCAUUUCUCUUUCAUCUUUCUUCUAUGUAUUUUUGGCAAAUUGGUCUCCAAAGUAGUUUUUGUUGGCUAGAAUUACUAUUUAGUUGCGGUCUCUUGUCCAAUAGCAAAUAAUUAUGCAUUUCUAGACUACUCCAAUGCAUAGUUAUUUGUUAAAUUAAAUUCAAAUUUUAUUCUCGCAAAUAAUUAGUAAUUUUUAAUUGAAUUUUCUGGGUAUUGUCGAUUUUUGGGUCUUGUUAACUUAUUAUUUGUUAAAUUGUACAAUCUUUAAUUAAAAAUUGCAAAUCUACCGAAAUUAAGCUAAAAAAAUUCUGUUUAUGGAUUGGAUUCGGUUUCUAUAUUAAUAAUUCGGUUCGGUUUGGAUUGGACUGAAUCCGUAUUCGAUUUGAAUUUGGAUUAAAAAAUCAAAGACCGAAUUUUUUCGAUUGGAUUCAGUUUGGACCAUAAUCCAAACCGAAAAUCAAACUUUCACCCCUAAAUAAAACAAAAAAUAAUACACGUAGGCAUUUCGUGUUGAAAUUACAAGUUCAGUGGAUCCUUCUUGUUAUUAUGAGUAAAUAAAAUUAAAAAAAAAAAAAUUAAAUUGAAAAGCAGAAAAAGCUAACCGCUUGAAAAUAAAAGAAAGAUCACAAGGGAAAGAUAGAUCAAAGACAGAACGAGACAUUUGAGUAAGAAGAAAUAUUCAAUCUCAAGAUGAAAGAGGAUUACGAGACUGAAGAGAGAAAACAAGCUGCUGCAGAUGUUUUGUUCAAUUACUCCAAAUUUGUGGCGGCCUGUAUUGGUAAUCGUGUUCGUCCCGGUGAUUUGAGAAUGCAUCUUAUGAAGGAGAUAUCUGGAAUACCAACAUCUCUGAAGCGGGAGUCAUUUCCAGUAACAGCUUCUCCUGAUGCAAUGGGGGAAUCAUCAAGUUCUGGUACAGCUAGACUCGAUAAAUCAGAUAGCUUUCGUGCGCUAUAAAUCAUGGGGCUGAAAGAUAUGGACCUAUACGUGCACUAGGAACUGGUCAUUGGUACAUGCUAUCUUUUGGUUUUGAUUUCUUAGAGAAGACGGGGAUAUGUUUACAUUUGAUAUGAUUGUAUCUCUGUCACAGGGCAGAAACAUUAUACUAGUAUUAUAGUUGUGAUCUAUGUGAAGUUUUUGUUGUUCUUGUACAUGUCUACUAUGAGGCUCGUGAAUGUUGUGUCCAAAUCUUGAAACUCUAGCUUUACAGAACUCGGGACAAAAUACGUAAUUAGUAAAUGUACUUUUUUUUACCACCAAAUCAAGUAUUUUGUGAAAUUUCAUCCCUCUGAA